UUUAUUUUUUUGUUUUUAUUUAUUUUGUUGUUUUAUUUAAGUUUAUUUUUUCCUUUUCUUUUAUUAUUUAUUUUUCUUUUUGUUUUGUUUUAUUUUGUUACUCUUUUGUGUUAUUUUGAAGGUGCCAUGUUUAAUCCCUUUGCUCCCCGCUUUGCCUUCAAGGAGCACUCUAUUGGCGAGUAUCUCCUCCUAAAGAGUAUCAGAAAGGGAUCCAAUUCCGAGGUGUGGUUGGCUCGGCAUUUGCUGACUGGGGCACAGGUGGUUGUAAAAGCCAUUAGACUGAAUGGCAUCUCUAGAUUUUUUCAAGAGGUCCAUUGUUUUAAGAGCUUAAAUCACCCAAAUAUCACAAAGUUAUUUGAGGUGAUUGUCACCAAGGACAAGAUUUUUCUCGCUAUGGAGCAUGCGAGCGAAGGGGACUUACUUGAACACUUGAAGCACUAUGGCCAAAUGGAUGAGGGAGAAGCCCGCACUGUGUUCCGGCAGAUAGUAUCCGCAGUCCAGUACUGCCACCAGAAGGGCAUUGUCCACAGAGACCUGAAGCCAGGUAACAUUCUUAUAGACAGUGAUAUGACCAUUAAAUUAACAGACUUUGGCUUCAGUAAGGAAGUGAGUGAUUUUAAACAGAGCACCUUCUGUGGCACCAUCUGCUAUUCGGCCCCAGAGAUCUUGCAGCGUCAAACCUAUGAUGGCCGCAAAACUGAUGUAUGGAGCCUGGGGGUGCUCUUGUACAGGAUGCUGACGGGGGUGGUGCCGUUUGAGGGGGACAACUUUGUGAAUGUGAGAAAGCACAUACUAAGUGGACAUUUCUAUAUACCAUACUUUAUGUCAAUGGAGGUUCAAAAACUUUUAAGAAAAUUACUCACCAUCGACCCUAGCCAAAGACCGACACUGGAAGAUGUAAUGAAGGACCCCUGGCUCAACAAGGGCCAGGAGACGAUGCUGAGGCCAUACAGUGAGCUGCCCCGCAGUGACUUGGACCCCCAGGUAACAGAAAUGAUGCAGAGCCUCGGCUUUAAGCAGGACGACAUCCAGGAGUCAGUAACACAAAGAAAAUUUGACAGAGUGAUGGGCACAUACCUGAUCCUCAGAAUGAUGAAAACCAAGAUGCCUGGCCGCACCGUCAGGGAUCCACACCAGGAGUGAAUCCAGCAGCGCCUUGGCCUCAGAAGCACAAUGCCUGCUGAGCUUGUAGGACUGCCCGGAUACCCCAGAGGUCAAGAGGAGAGGCUGCCCUCGCUGUGGGUCCAUCCCUCAGCCCCCACCUGA